AUGUCAAUGGAAAUCAAUGACCCCGGGAUUUCUGUCGAUAGCGAUGAUAAUAAUGAUGCAAUCAGUGAUGAUGAUCUCCAACCGAUUUGCCCCCUUGAUUCAAUAGCCCAAUCCUGUCUUCGAGAUGGAAGGAUUCAGAACAUUCGUCUGGCAGAUGUAUUUGAUUGGAAGCGGGUUGUUUUUCCCUCCUCUCCGACCAAGAGCUCUUUUGCUAAUCUCUUUCAGAAGCCAGGUUCCGAUAAGGAGCCAAAGGUGGUAGAUACCUCGGCUGUGCCCAUUUCACGUGAGGGGAGCCCUGUAGAAAUUGGAAUUGAUGCUUUGGAAUGCUUGGAUAUUGAAAGUUAUGCUCCUGGCAAUCAGGAAACUGGAAAAGAUGACCCGUCUCAGGAAACUGAUAAUAUUCCGACUUCCGAAAACAUGAGUAAGUCGCAAUCCCUUCUGGCAGUGCUUCGAUCCACUAUGAUUGAGGAUACUACACCAGCACCUGCACCUAAUCCGCUCUAUCCUCUCGCGCCUUGGCAACCAGAUCGCUUCGUUGGCGACGGGGAAUCAGACUCUGAUUCUUGUGAUGAAGAGGACGAAUCGAUUAUAGAAACUGAUGCGAUAUUGGCUGAAAAUCGAAAAUGGAAGAGGGGUGCUCCCCGUGUUGGUCGUGACUGUGCCCGAUGCAAAGCGAGAUUUGUUGCGCUAAUCCGAAGACGUCAUCAUUGCCGAAGAUGCGGGUAUAUCUUCUGUUCAUCGUGUUGCAGUGAAAUGGCACCGGUGGCUUCCCUCUUUCCAUUUUUCUAUGGGCAGCCGCCGAUGGGGGUUUCUGUUGUUAGAGUCUGUCUAGAUUGUGCGGAGUUUGUACGAUCUGGAUUAGCAGAAGCUCUAGAUCAGGCCGUUAUUGAUUUCUGA